AUGACAGACGAAAGCGUAGUACUACCGGAGUUCGGCGUGCAGUCUAAUACGUACGCCGCGUGCCUUGAUGGGGCAAAACGUGACCGAUACAUUUGGUUAGGCGACUUCUACCACACCACUCGCAUCAUGGGCGUUGCCAACUCAAAACCUGAACAGAUAACAGGCACUUGGAAGUAUCUUUUUGAUUACCAGGCUUCAAAUGGGCAAUUUCCAGGCCUAAUGACCAUGACGUACGAGACUCCAAUGCCCACGCCUGAAGUCUUUAUGUUUAACGCUGGCACGAGUGACGCAUACUUGAAUUUCCCCGACUACGACAUUUUGGGGCUGAUCGGGUUCGUGUCGUACAUGGAGUAUUAUGACGAUGUGGAGUUCGCGAAGGCUAACUGGGAGUCGCUGCAAAAAGCUACUGCUUGGUUAGUAAGCUGCCGAGAUAGCAACGGACUUAUCGAUGUCACGAAGUACGUGGCCGUGUUUCUGGGCUCAGGUACCGGUACUGCUGUGAACGCUGCUGCUGUCCAAUGUCUCAAUGGUAUGGCCAAGGUAGCCAAGUCAAUAGGAGACGAAGCUUCCGCUAACCAAUGGGUCGAAGUAGCCUCCAGUAUCAAAACUGCGAUGAAUGAUCUGCUCUGGGACGACACGUUGGGCAACUACGCCGUCGAUGCAUCGACUCCCCAGGUCUAUGGAGUCUCGGCUAUCGCUUUCGCGAUUACUUCUGGGGUGGCAAACGAGACUCAAACUGACAUUUGCGUGAAGAGUUUGGAAAACCUUCGUCGAGGCCCCGGAUACAUCGACACGAGUGUUACGGAUAAUAGUUCCAAGAUCUCACCCAACACGAACGGGUUCCUUCUGGACGCACUACUACAGACUGGACACACAAAUGAGGCUGCUUUUUUGCUUGACAAUCUGUGGGACGCCAUGAUCUCGAACGAGUAUUAUCGUUCCGGAGCAAGUUGGGAGUACGUUUCGCAGUCCCUGGAACCCGGACUCAAAGAGUUCACGUCGUUGAGCCAUCCGUGGGGUGGAGCUCCUACAUAUGUUUUGACCAACUACGUUGCAGGUAUUCGUCCUCUGGUGUUCGGGUUCCGCCACUGGAUAGUGAACCCAAUGGUAACAGGGCUGAACAUCACGAGCGCUAAUGCAACUGUAAGCACCCCGUACGGCGCACUGACGGCCGGGUGGGAGAAAACCGAUAGCAACAUUCUCAGUUCGACGAUCGCUGCACCAUUGGGAACUGAGGGUGUGUUCGAGGUGGUGCUUCUCAACUCGAGCACUUUCCAGCAAAAAUUGGCCGGAACAGGAGAACCGAUCGUGUUCAGCGUUCAGCUUUAG